AUGGGGCGCCAUAUUGUAUUUUUCUUGAUGCUGUUUUGUGUGUUUACAUUGUGUGAAAUGAGGAAAAAAACAAUGGAUUAUCCGACUGAGAAGCAGCUUACCUUACAAAGGAAGGAGACUACACCAGUUGACUUUACGAGGCUAUUGGUGAUGAGAGUUGUUUACGGGUUGGCUAAAGCGAUGGGUUUCCAGGAGCCAAUUAGUGAAGUACUGAACGGAGCACUCGUUCCGCCAGGAGCUGAUGAUGACGACGACUUCGAUGAUGAUGAUGAUGAUGACAUCUUCAGUGAUUAUUGACGACUGCCGUGAAUUUGUUGAGUAUUUGUA